GAUGACCUCAAAUGGGCUGUUUUGUGCAUUUUCAGCUCUGCCACGUACACCACGAAACCCCAAACCGAAGCAAAGCAGACAAACGGACGGACGAUGAUGAAGGCUGUGGUGCGGGUGUUGGCUCUGGCGCUUGCCGUUGUGGCGGUGGUUGCUGCCUCUGCCAGUGCGUACGAGGAAGAGGAUGGCGUGAUCGUCGCCACAGACAGCAACUUUGACGACAUCAUCAAGGAGCACGAGUUUGCCCUGGUUGAGUUUUACGCCCCGUGGUGCGGCCACUGCCAAGCUCUCGCUCCGGAAUAUGCCAAGGCUGCCCAGACGCUUGCGGAGAACGACUCCCCCGUGAAGCUGGUCAAGGUUGACUGCACCGAGCAGGAGAAGCUUUCUGAGCGCUACGAGAUUCGCGGCUUCCCCACCCUGCGCUUCUUCCGCAACACGGUCGACACCGACUACACUGGCGGCCGCACCGCAGAUGAGAUUGUUUCCUGGGUGACCAAGAAGAGCGGCCCGCCCGCCGUCGAUGUGGAGGACGUCGACGCCGCCAAGGCCCUCGCCGAGGACAACGACAUUGUCAUCUUUGGCUUCUUCGAUUCCAAGACCAGCGACGAGGCCAAGGCCUUCAUCGACGCCGCCGGCGCCAGCGACAACAUCUUCGGCAUCUCCACCAACGCUGACGUGGCCAAGGCCUAUGGCGUGUCCGCACCCGCCAUUGUUGCCGCCAAGCAGUUUGAUGAGCCCCGCGUGACGUACGAGGGCGCCCCCGACGAUGCCGAAGCCAUCAACGACUUUGUGGCCACGGAGUCCCUCCCUCUUGUCAUUGAGUUCACCAAUGAGAACGCGCCCAAGAUCUUUGGCGGCGCCGUGCAGGUGCAUCUCCUGACGUUUGUGAAGAACGACCACGAGAACUUUGAGAAGAUUGUUGACGCCAUGAAGGCGGCCGCCAAGGACUUCCGCGGCGACAUCCUCUUUGUCCACAUUGACAGCAGCCGCGACGACAACAUGCGCAUCCUGGAGUACUUUGGCCUGAGCGAGAGCGACCUGCCCGCCGUGCGCAUCAUCGAUCUUGCCAACAACAUGGCCAAGUAUGCUCUCGAAGGCGACAUCACCGCAGACUCCCUCCACGAGUUUGCAUCCAACUUCAAGAAGGGCUCCCUCAAGCGCCACCUCAUGUCUGAGGAGACGCCCGACGACUGGGACGCUGAGCCCGUGAAGGUGCUCACCGGCAACAACUUUGCCGACGUCGCCCUCGACAGCUCAAAGAACGUCUUUGUCGAAUUCUAUGCGCCGUGGUGCGGCCACUGCAAGCAGCUUGCUCCCAUCUGGGACAAGCUUGGCGAGAAGUUUGAGGGCGUGGACAACGUUGUGAUUGCCAAGCUGGACGCCACCGCCAACGAGCUGGCAGACAUUGUUGUGGAGAGCUUCCCCACGCUGAAGCUGUUCCCUGCAGACUCGCAGGAGGCCGUCGACUACGAGGGCGGGCGCACGCUCAAGGAGCUUGUUGCCUUUGUCAACGACAACGCCGCCGCGAGUGUGGAGGUGACUGCGGAGGACGAGGCUGCAGCCGGCGAGGGCGGCUACGACUACGGCGAGGAGCCCGAGUACGAGGACUACACCGAGGGCACUGGCCACGACGAGCUCUGAGCCCCACCCACACGAAGCGCACCCAUUGUGUUGCUCCCCUCCCAACACACAUGGUCCUCUGUUUCUCUGUUUGUCUCGCUCUCUCACAACUUCCUCACAACUCUCUCACUCUCACACACACACUCUCACAAUUCACAUGUGCGCGUACACACAUUGUUUCUUACCUUGCCUGCCCCAGUAUUGUUUGUCACAGUACAUUCCCCCCCCCCUUGGGCGGUUUUGUCGUGUUUUCGUUGUUUCGUGCACGUGCCUGUACGUGUGCGGUGGCGUGGCUGUUAUGUCGUGUGGAUUGGAUUCUGUGCUGCUUUGCUUUGUCGUUAGCCUUGGGGAGACCUUGUCCUCCCAGCCAGGCACAUCAUCCAUCCAUCACGCCUGCCCUCGCGUUUUCCCCGUGUCAGUACAUGUGUGUGUGGUAUGGCAUUGCGUUUACAGAACUCUGCAAGUGUGCGUAUGUAGGAGCAAAAGUGUGGGAUGAGCACAAAGUGUGGGUGUAGGAAGGGCGGCGAGGCAAGUCAUGUGGCACACAAGGCUUGGCGGUUGGAGAUGUGCGUGUAUGUGUGUGUGUUCUGAAUACAUUCA